GUUCAGUUCGCGGUAGGAAGAUUUUCGCUCUGUGUUUGUUUACAAGUAUCAUAAGUAUAUCUUUUAAUUUUCCGCUCUCAUUUUCGUCAAGAAAGGAAGCUCAGGACAUGGGUCGUAUCUUUCUUCAUCACCCUGGUGGGGCUAGACUGUAUUCUUGCGCAAACUGUGACACUGCUUUGACGAAUCGAUCGCAACUCACAUCCAUGAAAUUUACUGGAGCUACUGGGAGAGCAUUUCUAUUCAAGAAAGUGGUGAAUUUAUCAUACAGUGAAGUCCAAGAUAGAGUGAUGCUUACUGGGAGGCACAUGGUGCGGGAUGUCUUCUGCAAGAACUGCGAUACAAAACUGGGCUGGAUGUAUGAGUAUGCAACAGAAGAGUCCCAACAAUAUAAGGAAGGGCAAGUGAUUCUAGAACGUGCACUGGUGACAGAGAGUGAAGGCAUUGAAGAAAUUGGUGACUAAUAAUUUCAUUCUGUUGUGUUUUAAGAACACGUUAACAUUUUGUAACUAGUGAUAAAUUUGUGUGGCACAUGGAGAAAUAGACAACUGUCUGGUAAAGCAGUAUUUCAAUUUUGAAUAAUGAAUUUCUUUUUUGAAAUCAACAUUUCACAUGACUGAAAUGAUGUUUGCUUGUGGAUUGUAACUUUAAAAAAGUCACUCAAGUCUGUUAGUAACUAAGCAGCUGCUAAGCUCCUUCAAUCUGUAGUUAUCCAUUCAGUCUGACUGGAAUAUUUUGGUUGAUUGAGACAGUUGCUUCUUUUGUAAUUGUGCCAAUAUAUAAAGACUGUAAAUAUUUUAGAUAGAAUAUAUUGCUAACAGCAUCAAUAAUUAUUAGCCCUCUUGUAUAUUUUGUUCACUAUUGCACGUUAAAAUGCUGCUUAAUGUACCAAAAUUUAGUUUAAGAUUCGGGGCUUCAUAUAUUUAAUGACAUUUUUAUAUCAAGGAAUAGCAAAGUAAGGGAAUGUAUAAGUAAAGAAAUGUGCUUGUAGAUUUUGUUGGUAUAAAGUGACUGUAAGUUGUUUCAUAGUAUUUAACACAUCAAGGAAUUAAUAUAAUUAUAGAUUUCUUAACCAAAUUCAUUGAAUACUUGUAGUUUCUGUUGUCUUUGUCCCAUCAAAACCAGUGCCCUUUGUCCUCUGAACUUAAUAUUUUUGAGAUCAGUCAGCUAAGGAUUCUUCACCCAUAUUAUGACAGCUGUAAGUAUUGCAUAUCAAAGUUUAAGGCAUAGAAUGUAUUUAUUUAACUUAUGUAUGUCCCAACCUAGCAGUGUAAAGCCACACAGUCAUGGUAACAAGAUGUUGUGGUCCUCUAUCUGUGUCACACAGUGAUCUACAAUCCUGAGAGCGUAGUGUUGUGUCUUAGACUUUUUUCAUUCCAAGGUUGCUAAGAAACUGAUUGCAAUAUGGUGAUCUCAUUACUGACUGGAAGUACACUCAGUGAUCACGCUGACUGGAUUGAAAAAAACUGAAACUGAAAAGUGCUUGAAUUUAUCGAAAUCCUUGGCGUGUUGCCAUGAUUGUGUUUAUAAACUGGUACAUUCAAACUACAUUGUCCACAGACCAUACUUGUUCUCACUUAAUUCUAAUGUCGGCAUAAUAUGCAUCAUGACCAAGCUCUAAAUGACUGUAUUUUGUAAACUUAUAAAUUCAGCAGGGGAUAUAAUUUUUUAGUGAAGGCCAGUAGACUUUUGAAUAGUUCCUCUACUUUUCCCUGGUUGAUUACUGAGAAACAAAUCUCUGUAGAAGAGAAGACUAAAGUAAUUACUAGACCGGAAAUAUCACAAUGUACAGAUAAACUGUUUACAGUCUUUUUUGAUAACAGUAACUAUUGAAUUCUUGGUGUCUCAUGUAUCGAACAAUGGAAAUAAAGUGGGCCUGAUGAAAUGAA